AUGAGCGCUGUCCUAUUGUUCGUAGUCUGCCUGGCCGGCAUGGCCACGGCUACGGAAUUUGACGAUAAUUCAAUUGUAACAAUGGACAUAAAGCAAAGGCAAAUGAUAAUCUUGAAACUGUUGAACCAUCCCAUGGAGCCUCUUAUGUAUAAAGAUCUUGUGGAAAUUGGCCAAAAUUUCAAAAUAGAAGAUAACACAGAAUCGUUUACUAAACCCGAUGUUGUUAAGACCUUCGUCAAAAUGAUGAAAGUUGGAGUACUACCACGUGGCGAAAUCUUUACUCUGCACAUCGAUCGCCAGCUUAAAGAAGUUGUCACCAUUUUCCAUAUGUUAUAUUAUGCUAAAGAUUUUACUACUUUCUUCAAGACCGCCUGCUGGAUGCGUCUUCAUCUUAAUGAAGGCAUGUUUGCUUAUGCUCUAACCGUGGCAGUCAGACACCGCGAGGACUGUAGAGGAAUUAUUCUGCCUUCUCCAUAUGAAAUUUAUCCUUACUACUUUGUGCGUGCCGAUGUCAUCCAAAAAGCUUACUUACUCAAAAUGAAGAGAGGACUUUUAGACCUAAAACUUUGCGACUUCUAUGGAAUCAGAAAGACAGACAAAGAUGUUUAUAUCAUCGAUGAAAAUAUUUAUGACAAGCGUGUCUACUUUACUGAUGACGAUCGUUACUGGCCAUGGUUAAAAAUGCAUAAUGGGCAAGAGUUCCCCGUCAGAUUUAACAACUACGUAAUUGCCAGAGAUACAAAUUUGGAUAUUAUACGUCUUUGCGAAGAGUACGAGAGGAUUAUUAGGGAUUGUAUUAUUAGGGGCUUCAUUGAAUAUAACGGUAUGAGGCUUAGUCUGACCAAAUACGAGGAUAUGGAAACACUUGGCAAGUUAAUUUACGGUAAAACAGAAAAGACUGGUAUGGACAAGACCUACAUUGAGUCCUACCGCUACCUAUUGAUAGUCAUGAAGGCAGCUCUUGGCUUAAAUACAUUUACGUCUGACAAGUAUUUCGUCACUCCUUCCAUUCUAGACCAUUACCAGACAGCACUGCGUGAUCCAGUAUUCUAUAUGCUGCAGAAACGCAUUAUUGAUCUCGUACACUUGUUCAAACUGCGUCUACCCAGCUACACCAAAGAAGACCUCUAUUUCCCUGGUGUAAAAAUUGAAAACGUUGUAGUUGAUAAGCUCAUAACUUACUUUGAUGACUUCCUUAUGGACAUGACUAACGCCGUCACCUUAACUGAAGAGGAACUAAAAAAGGCCAGAUCGGACAUGAUCUUUAUGGUACGCAAACGCCGACUUAAUCACCAGCCCUUCAAAGUUACCAUAGAUAUUGCAUCCGACAAAGCUGUCGACUGUGUAGUGAGAAUAUUCUUGGGUCCUAAAAAAGACCAUCUCAACCGCCUUAUUGAUAUCAACAACAACCGCUUGAACUUUGUUGAAGUUGAUUCUUUCUUGUACAAGUUGAACACUGGCAAAAACACAAUUGUAAGAGAUUCCCAUGAUAUGCACAACCUCGUUAAGGAUCGCAUGAUGACUCGAGAUUUAUGGAAAAAAAUUGAAUCUAUGAAUGAUAUGAAAGAUUUGCUAAGGAAGGAUCUGAGAAACUAUCACACUGGCUUCCCAACUAGGCUUUUGCUUCCUAAGGGUCACGUAGGUGGUUUAGAUAUGAUGUUUUACAUUUGUGUAACACCUUUGAGAUUAGUCGAUAACGUUGAUAUGAGUAUCCUCGAUACUAAUCGCAAAGAUUUCAUGGUGGACUUCAGGUCUAGCGUCCUUCUUGAUAAAAUGCCUCUUGGUUUCCCCCUGGACCGCCACAUUGACAUUGGCAACUUCUUCACCCCUAACAUGAGGUUUAUUGAUGUGAGGAUCUACCAUAAAAAGAUGACGUGUGACAUGAAGACCAGAUGGUACCGAUGGGUGUUGAAGAACUAUAACAUGAUUGACAGAACACCCGUUAUAGCAGACACAUACUUCGUUGACACGGAUCUCAACAUGAAAGUUGACCGUAAUCUUAAUUUGUUUGAUGUCUAA